AUGCCUAUUUCUUGUAUUAUUGGUAACACCCUUGUUGUAGCUGCCGUUCUUUCAAACAAAUCACUUCAAACUCCUACCAAUUAUUUGUUAUUAAGUCUUGCCUGUGCUGAUUUAAUGGUCGGCACAAUGGUUAUGCCUUUCCAUAUUUAUAUGACUGUUAAUUCACUUCAUUGGCAUUUAUCUAUAACUAUUUGUUAUAUGUAUUGUGUACUUGAUGUUCUUGCCUCAACUUCUUCGAUUAUUCAUUUAUUGUUAAUUAGUAUGGAUAGGUUAUUAAAUUUUCUUUCUAAAUGA